AUGCCCAUCGAAGAUCCUGCCCAGGGCCCUGGCCCUGCCUCGCCCUCUGUACCCCAAGCCACUAGCGGCCACUGGCUAUACAAUAUUACUCUGUCCGACGAAACGAAGAACAUGAUCUCCGGCUUGUAUGAUAGUGCCCUCGCUCUGUAUGGGUACAUCACUAGUCUUGCUCUCAGGAUUGGGACUCGACGGGAGCGGGAGGAACGCGUCAACAAUAACAGCACGACUCCAUUGAUGGCGAUGCUCAUUAUCGGGGCCCUGAUCCUCAUCGUGGUGCCAGGUCUCGUUCUAGGUUUCGCAACGGGGCAGGUACAGUGGGGAAUCGCACUCUCUGGCGCUAUCAGUACGGUUGUCGGUGUCUUCGCAGGUCUUUGCUAUCACCUCACCACGCGCAACUGA